CUCAACCCUCACAACACUCCCAUAACCCAUCAUCUUUCUCAAAUCAGCCUCCCAUACCCUCAAGGCAUUUCCAAUCCCCAUCCAACCCCACAUCAUGUCCACAACCACCCCCUCCGACCCCUCGCCAUCCCCGGCUUCCCCCAACUACCCCGCCUUCCAAACCGAGCUCUACACCUCCUCCAUCCUCCACGGCAAGAAACCCCUCGUAACAACCGACCCCAACAAGCUUGAAGCCCAAGCCCGCGCCGCCCUCCCCCUGCGCUCCUACAACUAUGUCGCCGGCGGCGCCGGCGAGCGCGCCACCAUGGACGCGAACCGGCAGGCCUUCCGGCGGUGGGCGCUCGUGCCGCGGAUGCUGAGGGAUACGUCGGCAAAUAAGGUGGGGGUGGAGUUGUUUGGGGUUAAGUAUGAUUCCCCGAUCCUCAUGGCACCCGUAGGCGUGCAAACGAUUUUCCAUGAGGACAGGGAAAUCGGUCUCGCAAAGGCGUGCGCGGACAUUGGGGUCCCGUACAUCAUGUCCACAGCCGCAAGCAGCACCAUCGAAGAAGUCGGCGAGGCAUCAGGAUCCGGGCAUCGCUGGUUCCAACUCUACUGGCCCUCCACAGACGCCAUAACGCGCUCUCUCCUCUCCCGCGCCAAGAACUCGGGGUUCAGCGUGCUAGUGGUGACACUCGACACCUGGUCACUCGCCUGGCGCCCCGCCGAUCUAGACGAGGGGUACAUCCCCUUCAUGGAGGGCGUGGGCAACGCAGUCGGAUUCAGCGAUCCUGUUUUCCGCGCCGGCUUCGCAGCAGCUAUGAACGGCGCCACGCCGGAGGAGAAGAUCGGUCAUGCGAGCGCGGGGUGGGUGAGGGAGGUGUGUCCGGGGCGGAGCCGGACGUGGGAGGAUUUGAAGUUGUUGAGGGGCUGGUGGGGGGGGAAGAUUGUGUUGAAGGGGAUUCAGCAUGUUGAUGACGCUAAACUGGCAGUCGAAGCCGGUAUGGAUGGUAUAGUGGUAUCUAACCACGGCGGGCGACAAGUCGACGGUGCCAUCGGAUCUCUCGAAGUUCUCCCCGAGAUCGCCGGAGCAGUAGGAGAUAAAAUCACCGUCCUCUUCGACUCCGGGAUCCGCACAGGCGUCGAUAUUAUCAAAGCCCUCAGUCUAGGGGCGGAAGCAGUGCUGGUGGGUAGACCGGCUGUGUAUGGGUUUGCGAUCGGUGGCGCGGAAGGGGCGAAACAGGUGCUGAGGGGGUUGUUGGCGGAUUUCGAGAUGAGUUUGGGGUUGGCGGGGGUGGAUGGGGUGGAGGGGUGUAAACCGCAGAUUCUGAGGAGGGUGGAGGGGGGUGGGGAUUUGAGGAGCUCGAAUUGACGAGGGCUAAGGUCGGCUUUGGACCCGGGGGGGGGGAUAUAGGGUAUGGAUUUCACUUCUCUGGGGCGAUGAUAGCGGAUGAUACGUGUUGAUUCGGCGAGCUUUUUAAGUGAGAUAAAGUUCCAGAAAACAGGACCCAUCCACCAUCCACCAUCUCCCAUCCACACCCCACCCCCCCUCGCCGCCCCACACCCCAAAAUCCCCAACCCUCUGCAACCGCCACCCCUCAUCGCCAUCCCCCGGCAACGUACACUGUUCCCCAUCCUCCAUGGCAUCCAUUACAUAGCUUCCCCGCAUCACACCACACGCCCUCCUCCCAGCAUCGAUCACACGCAAAGCGGGCCCCUUCCUCCUCCUCCUCCCCCCCGGCUCGCGGAACCUGCAAUCCCCACCCUCCCACACACAAACCACCCAGAGUCUCCUGUCCGAACCCACACUCCCAAGCUCAUAGCAGCGUGUGCAUCCACCCUCCUCCUCGCCAUCCCCCUCAUCACCCCAAAUCUCGCGCAACCUACAACCCACACCUACCACCCACACUCCACACAAGAUUACAUAUUCAAACACACACAACCCCAAGCCCAAAGCAGCGAGCGCAUUUUACCCCCCCCCCCCUCGCAGCCUCGACACCUCAGCUCGUCCCCCGGUCCGGCGAACGCACAUGGCAUGGAGACGGCGCAGGCUACACCAUUAGCCGUGCGCGUGAGGAAGGGCGUUUCGGCGGGGCACGGGAGGGAGAGAGAGAGGUGCUGCGCGUGCGGGUGGGG